AUGGCCCCUGCGUUUACCCUUCCGACGCCUCCUCCGGAAUUGGAGGAGGUUCCUUUUCAAAGUUUAGAUGUGCCAUUUUACGAUUCUGGUAACCAUGUGGCGGGAGCUGACGUGCGGGUCGUGGUUAUGAUAGUUCUUGGUCUUCCGGCAUUGUACACUAGGCCUCCAAUGGAUGUCUUGCUUUCUACACUGGAUGGACUGGCCCUCGCACCGACUUCAUGGGAGGGGCGUGGAGAAGGGGUUGUUGAUCCUCCGGGGUUGAGCAAGUGGUUGACAAGUAUAAUUGCCAGUCCAUUGAAGUGGAUCGGAAACGAUGAGGUCAAGGAGAUGGUAUGGGAGGCUGCGAGCACGCGGUUGGCGGAGAGGUGUGGGCGAUCAGCCAUGCCUUCACAAACAAGAACUUUCCGGAUCCCUCUCCCCUCUUCCCAAAAAACUGUCAGCCUUUCCCUCCGUGAACCAACUCUUACAGCAGACAACCUUGGAUUAAAAACAUGGGCCUCUUCGUACCUCCUAUCCAAACGCCUUCCUUUACUAGGCCUUCCGACCUUUUCAUCCACCGCGAAAGCUUUAGAACUCGGAGCUGGUACGGGUUUGGUCGGGUUAGCUGCGGCGGCAAUCUUUAAAAUUCCAGUUCUCCUUACCGACUUGCCAGAUAUAGUGCCUAAUCUACAACACAACGCAAAUACAAACUCUGCGUCUGGAACCGUGGUUUCGGUUGCGGUGAUGGACUGGAGGGACAGAGUAGAUGAGACUGUGUCCGAGGGUGAAAAGUAUGACUUGGUUCUUGCGGCGGAUCCCCUUUAUUCGCCAGAGCAUCCGGGACUGCUUGUUGGGAUGGUUGGUAAGUGGUUGAAGAAGGGAAGCCAUGGCAGGGUCGUGGUUGAGAUGCCGUUAAGGGAUGGGUAUAGCCCUGAGAGGCGCGACUUUAGAGGUAGGAUGGAAAGUGUUGGGUUGGAGAUCAGAAGCGAAGGGGUUGAGACUGGUGUCGAUGACUGGGGAGCUGGAGGCGAGGUUGAAUGUUGGUGGAGCGUUUGGGGAUGGAACGGGGGCUGUUCCGUCAGGGUGUCGGAUGAUGGUAGUUUGGAUUGA